AGAUACAGAGUUGGCAACACUAAAGAUAUGUCAAAACAAAAUCACGUCAAAAUAUUUCAAGACAACAACAAAUGUGCGUUUAAUUGUAACCUAUAAAUGAUUAUAAUAUCCAAGGAUUUGUAAAAUGGAAGAUCUACAAUUGAAUAUUUCUGCUGUAAAAAAAGUUAAGAAGAAAGUUGAUGUAGAUAAUAAAAAUGCUCCGGAAUACAAGUUUAUGUCUAAACCUAAGUUUAUUGGUAAAACCAUAGCUAGAAAAAGGCCACAAAAUUUGAGCCAAACUAUUAAAAAGUUGGAAGGCGAGGCACAAAAGAAGGUACCAAAACCAAACACUAAUGUUGAUCUAUCUACAAAUUUGCGUGAUCUCAGUGAAAAUAAAGGGAAAUAUCAAGGAAAAAACUAUCAAGAAUUAAAUGAUGAUUUGCAACUAAAACAAAAACCUAGAAGUGGUGGUUGGAUCUCAUCUUUGUUUAAAAAUAAUCCAGAUGUUCCACGUAUCGGACAGAGAGCUGUAAAACCUUUAACAGAGAAAGUGUUUGCUGGUACAACAUUUACAGAUUUAGAUAUACAUCCUCACAGUGUGGCAAAUUUACAACAAAAUUUAGGCCUGAAAGAGUUGAUGACUGUUCAACAAAAUGCCAUACCUAUUAUAUUGCAGGGUCGAGAUAUUUUAAUUAGAUCUCAAACAGGCUCAGGAAAAACACUAGCAUAUGCCUUGCCUAUUGUUGAGGGGUUGCAGGCGAUAAGGCCAAAAAUUAACAGGCAUGAUGGCAUAAUGGUGGUUGUUGUUGUACCCACCAGAGAAUUGGCUGUACAGACAUAUGAACUGUUCUUAAAAUUGGUCAAGCCAUUUACUUGGGUAGUUCCUGGUUUAUUAAGUGGGGGACAAAAAAGAAAAGCAGAGAAGGCGAGGCUAAGGAAAGGACUGAGCAUAUUAGUUGGUACACCAGGUCGGAUAAAUGAUCACUUGAGGCACACCAAAUCUCUCAAUUUUGCUAAAACUGGUUGUUUAGUACUAGAUGAAGCUGAUAGAUUACUAGACAUGGGUUAUGAAAAAGAUGUAGCAGCUAUAGUAAAAGCUAUAGAAGAUCAUAAAAAAGCUGCUACAUACGAUCCUAUGGCACUUAUAAAACAAAAUAUAAAAAAAGACUUAACUAAAGACAAUGCAGAGGAAACAAUAGAGAAACAACCAGAGGAAAAAAACGAAAUCAAACAUCAUUUGACAGAAGUGUUUCUAUCAAAACAGAGACAGACUAUUUUGUUAUCAGCUACACUUACUAAGGCAGUAGAAAAUUUGGCUGGAAUUACAUUGGUGGAUCCUGUAUUUGUGGAUACAUCUGAAGGAAGAGCAGUUGUUGCUGACUCACUUAAAUUGCAGCGUGAUGAUAGUAUGUUAGAUCAAGUAAAUAUUACAAACAUGAAUGUGACAAGCAAUGAAAAUAAUUUAAAGUGUAAAAACAAGCCUGUGCUAGAUGAUAAGGUUCAUAAUAUCAUUCCUGAAGAUAAUGUUCCAGAGACUAAAAGAGGUUUGAAAGCCUUUUCUGGAUUAAAUUACCCAGAUUUAUUUUUAAAUGAUAAUGAAACCCAAACUAGUGACUCGAAAAUAUUAAAUAAUGUAACAAAUCAAUCAAAUGUUAAUAAAGAAUCCGAUAGUGAUUCCGAUUACGAAUAUUUCAAAGUCCAAAAAGAGUUAGCAGAGAAAACAAAAAAAGUGGAAUCCGACGAAGAAGAUGUUAAACCAUCUAAUACUGGUAAUACAUUUGAAGAAGCUGUAAAAACAGCAAUAGUUGAAGAUGAAUUGAUUCUGCCGUCAACUGUAAAUCAGACAUUCCUUAUUGUUCCAAUGAAACUACGUUUGGUUACUUUAUGUUCUCUUAUUGUGGAACAUUGUGUUUUGAAUAAAAAGGGCGGUAAAAUGAUCGUUUUUAUGGCAACUUUAGAAAUGGUGGACUAUCAUUCGGAAUUAAUAGAGACAGUUUUGUGUGGGAAAAAUGUUAAAGUUAAGAAGAAAAAGAAUUCAACAAAAAAAUCUAUAAUGAAGAAAAGAAAACUUGAAAAUGAAAAUGAUGAGGACAAAUCGUCAUCGUCAAGUUCAGAGUUUGAAAUAGAUUAUGAAGAACCGGUUGAGGGCGGUCUAGUGCCAGUAGAGUUGGAGAUGUUCAGUCUUCAUGGCUCUAUGCCCCACGAGCAGAGAAUGGAAGUGUUCAAGCAGUUCCGAGUUGCUAGAAAUGGGGUCCUUAUUUGUACCGAUGUGGCUGCUAGAGGUCUGGACGUUCCGCGUGUCGACUUAGUUCUGCAAUAUUGUGCUCCCGCUUCAGCUACAGAUUACGUCCAUAGGGUGGGGCGAACAGGUCGUGCCGCACAAGUAGGCGCCGCCGUGAUGUUCCUGUUGCCCAGUGAGGCCCAAUUCGUCAGGCAUCUUGAACAAAAGCGAAUCAGGCUCCGUCAAUCAGACGAAUCGAAGGCGUUGGAUGCGUUGAGGACAGUAGCGCCGACGGCACCUAAUGCUGCGCGCGCAGCCAUAGCCGUGCAGGCUCGGUUGGAGAACACUGCGCACACCAACAAGGACUGGCUGGCCAGAGCUAGCAGGGCAUACACGUCGUGGGUGCGUUUCUACUCUGGAUACCCUCGUGACGUGAGACAGUGGCUGGACGCGCGACAGUUGCACCUCGGACACGCGGCGAAGGCGUUCGCCCUCAGGGACACGCCCGCGGCCCUCGCCCGGCGAGCCAAGUCAGAUCCGAACCUGAAGAAAGAGAAGCCGUUCAACAAAUUGACGGUCAGAGAUGAAGAGGAGAGGAAGAGGCCCGGGUUCCCAAAAAUGAAGGUAACGUUUGGAACUCGGAUAACGAACACGCAGAGUUCAAUGCAUACUGCUAGCGAAUUUGACAGCGGCCUGCCUCCACUGGAACAUUCGUAUAAUAAAAAGAAAAAGAAGAAAAUUUAAUUAAAAUGUUUACAUUGUGUAAAUAAAGUUACUAAUUACACAGGUUACAA